GCAAAUCGGCUGGUAUGGACAUUGUGUUUUUUUCACUCGGAAUUGGCUCUCGAUCAGUGAUCCCAACGCUGGUUCUCCAUCCAUUAAGCGGGCUCUGGUGCCAGUGAACCCGCGGCGGGCGGAUCACUAAUCAAGAUUCGGAUCCGUGUGAAACAAACAAACCAUCGUUUUUAAGUGCGUAGGCCUACGGAGAAGUUAGUAUUGAAUAAGAAUACUCUUCAGUGCUUGGACUACAACCUUUUAGCGCCAAAGGUUGUUUCACAUUAUUUUCAAACACAUGUGACAGCACUUCAGUAACAGAAAUCUAGGGCCGCUAAUGAGGUGUCAAGUUAAACGGUGCUGCAGUAAAAGAUCUUCGGUAUACUUCGAGUGGUAGGCGGUGAUUCGUUGGCGCCGGUGUAGUACUGUUUACUCAAUCAACCAAGUCAGUUCCAGGGCGAGGAGGGAACACAUUAGCGACAACUGCAGCAACAAAAUAUCCCGCCGACGAACAUGAAGCUGGAGGGCAUCCUACCAUUGCUGGGCAACUUUGGCCGGUACCAGUUCUUGGUCUGCUUGUACUGCUGCGUGCACAACAUUUUCGGUUGCUUCACAAGUCUGGGCAAUGUAUUUUACGCGGCCGAGACCGACCACUGGUGCGACGUCUUGCCGAAGGAGAACUGCUCGAGGUGGCCGGAGUUCUGGGACAACUGCACCGACGUGAAGAAGGCCGUUCUCCUGCCCCCAGCGGAGAGGAAUGACAGCGAGUACCCCCACUCCAACUGCAAGCAGUGGGACUUGCCGGACGGCUACGCGUUUGAUCCGUACGCACCGCUUGAUGCCUUGAAUUACUCGGAAGUGUCCUGCGAGAAUGGAUGGGCGUACGACACGUCGCAGUACAAAACCACGACCAUUUCAGAUUUUGGUCUCGUGUGCGAUUACGGAAGUACGCCCAGCCUCGCACAGUCCUUGUACUUCGGUGGUUUUCUGGUAGGGUCCUUCGCCGGAGGUGCUUUUUCGGACUGGUUUGGCCGGAGAAAAGUCGUCAUUACAGGACAAUUGUUGUGGCUUGCUGGUUUCAUUGCAACCACGUUCUCGGUAAACAUCUACAUGUUCAUAGUCAUGCGUGUCAUCUCCGCUGUAGGGGUGUUCGCUAGCUACAUGGGCCUGUAUGUCUUGGCUCUCGAAGCCGUCGGAAAGUCAUGGCGCACGGCGGUCACCAUGGCAUUCAGCAUCGCCUUCGCGGUGGGUUACUUCUUCGUUGCCACCGCGGCUAUGUACCUGCGACAGUGGCGAUCGCUGUCCAUGGCCCUGUCCAUGUCAUCGAUUAUUCUGCUGAUCCCGUUGUUUUUUAUCAAGGAGUCUGUUAGAUGGCUGGUUUCCAAGGGCCGGAUCGAUGAGGCCGAAACGGUCAUCCGGAGUAUUGCUAAAUUCAACAAGAAAACUUUGCCCGAUGUCCUGUUUGAGAAGACGGACAUUGAAGACGAAAUGGAAUCGAAGAAGUCGGCCAUACCUCCAUCCGUCGUUGACUUGUACAGAACCCCCAACAUGGCGGUCAAGACGAUCAACAUGCAGUAUAACUGGUUUGUUAACAGUCUGGUGUACUACGGCCUGUCGCAGAGCACCGGCGAUCUCGGCGUGGACGACUACUGGGCUUUCUUCGUGUCCGGCGCCGUCGAGAUCCCGGCCCUGGUCUAUGCAGUCUUUGGCGUGGAGUGGUUCGGUCGGAAGUGGAACACCGCGGUGCUGGAGCUUAUCGGUGGAAUCGCUUGCUUGGCCACCAUCUUCAUCCCCCUCGGGAUCUGGCGGACUGUGGUGGCCAUGGUCGGCAAGUUCUGUAUCUCUGCCACAUUUGCCAUUAUAUAUGUCUACUCCGUCGAGUUGUUCCCAACACCAAUUAGGGCUGUCGGUUUGGGCGUCAGUUCCUCUGCUGCCCGUGUGGGUGGCAUUCUAUCUCCCAUCAUUUUGCUGUUGAAAAACACGGUGCCCGUCCUCCCUCUGGUCCUGUUCGGCUCCAGCACGGUGGUAGCAGGUUGUCUGGUGCUCUUCCUACCAGAGACCAAAGGCCGAAGACUGCCGCAGACGCUCGAAGAAGGAGAAGAAUUCGGAAAAUGUCGAUGCAUGGGCGGCAGCGCGUCCGACGAGUCUGGUGUCAACCUUGAAGACAUGGUCACCGACGGAGAGGGCGUCUUUGCGAUCUCCAACGUAGCCUUCGAUCACGGAGAGGAGAAGAAAUAUCGCGACUUCUCGCAGCAAUUCACGCGAAGACACCGCGAGUCUUCGCAUAUGUAAAUCACGAUGCAUGCUUCACAUAGUUAUUAAUCCUCUCUUAUGGCGUCACCCUAUUCAGAAAAGUGUCGACCACUUGAAUUAUUCCAGCGUCAAGCAAUUAUACUUAACUUAAUAUUACUUAACAGUUAAAUAUACCGAUUUAGGCGUUCUACAGGUCUCUGAAAUACGAUUUGCUGCGCUAAUAUUUUCUGUUUCAUGUUCGAUAGUAAUUACAGGUUUUCAUUUUAAAGUGGCACGCAUCAGUAUCUCCCUUGCAAUACACGUUUUUGUGUUAAUAAAAAAAAAAAAGUACCAAGUUUUCCUGCGAGUCGAUUCCAGUCCGGUAUUGUAAACAUGGACGUGUCAUCACGACUCAUUAGCAUCUAAUGAAUAUUGAUUUCUGUAAUGUAUUACCGUGGAGAGGAAAUACCACAGUGCGCGCGCUAUAGGCAUGCGUAGAACGUGUAGCCACGGACGACAGCACAAACUUGAAAAAUGCUCUCAUUCUUCGGAAACUCGAAUUUCAAUCCCGGUUCCUUUGCAGGAUUUCUAGCCCUAACAGCCCUGAAUCCUCCCAUAGUUUUGCACACACCCUAGGGAGUCAGGGCUAGUACAUCCACCAAUGACGCACGAUUUCGGCAUUAUUGUAAAUCGUGAUGAAAGGAGCUCAAACUCUCGACGGAAAAGAGAUAAUGCGGCACAGUAGACAAGGCACACAGAUUUUCCCCGGUACGCGGUAUACGCGGUGCGCGCGGUACGGUGCGUACGCACGUGUAGUUCCAUGUUCAUGUACAUGCGCGUUUGUAGCGGAACCAGUCGUGUCAAGGAUACCAGUUUCAAUGUUCUCUCAGGUAUUACAUCUUACAGGGCGCUGGGCUACGAGCGAAUAUUACAUCACGACGGUAAGAUUGUGGAAAAUUUUCAUAAAACUUGAAGAGACCGUUCAAAAGUUUCAAAAAAAUUACAAAAAAUACAGACGCAAUACAGACAUGAUUUGGUAACGAAUAUAUGAUUUAUCGCACGCUAAACACAAUAAUAGCUUAUUUUUGAAACUUUAAAAAGCGUUGAAGUUGGUUGUUAACUCUUCCUCCGUUGUCAAAGUAAACCAUUUCUUGAAAUAAUUAUAACGAUAACAAUUCAUGUUUAACGGAACAGAUUGUUUAGAAACUUACCAAUCAAGACUUCCCAGGUGAUAUUCCAAAUGUAUGCAUUUUUUCCCAAACGAAACAAUUUCUUACAGAUGAGAGAUUUCGACGUGUAAGCACGUAACUCGAAGAUUGUAAACGUGGUCUUCAUUUGAAGAGACGGUGAACUGUGGUUCCCAAAUAAGCCGCUAUCCAAACUCGGUGAGGGUGGUGUAAAAAGUCCUCAACUCCCUACUGUAAUCGAUAGCAUUUUGAUAACUUGAAUCUAGCAUAUUUCUACAGCUAAGUUAUUCGUAUAAAUCCACGUUGAUUUGUGAGGUAAUGAAGACAGUGUGUACGCCCUACGAUCCAUUUAUGGUGUCAACUGCGCGUCUUUGCCAGUCGACUGCGUGCCUCUGUGCGGACUUAAUAUACAUGCAACCGUCAAUGAACAAAAAAAUCGUUGUUCACUCAGCCGAAGAGUUGCAAAAGGAAUGUCUUGCGCCAGGAGUAAAGUCUUUAUAUUAUAUGCAGAUGUUAGCUUGCGAACACUGGACAAUAGUUCGAAUUCAUCUCACGGCUCAAAGCAUCAGGAAAACCUUUUUUUUGUUCUAUUGUUUAAUGGACCCUACACCUGAAGUGGAGGCUACAUUUGAAGCGAAAUGUUGGACAGAGAGAACCCCCCUCAGUUCCUGUUGGUCAUUGUUUUACCGGAAUCUCAGGAAUUCUUUUCAGACA